AGACGCCAUGUCAACAUCGCCACCUUGAUCCAUGCUCCGCUUCACUCUCCACACAAGGAGAUCCAAUCCGCGGCGAGGGUAGAACACCUGUCGGAGAGUUCGGUCCUACAACCGCCUGCUUGUUGAGAAGCUCCGAGGGAGCCCGCGCGUCACCUACAGCAGUUUACAGGAAACGUUGAUGAUCUUCUCUCCCUCCCCUCAGCACUUGGAUUUCCUCGCUAAAGCAUGUAUCCUGGAUCGAAGAAGAGGCAGGCAGGUUCCGGCCUUGAUGAGGGGCCGGUGACGGCCAGGAUAGUAGUUAUUGGCUAGUGCUGGUGUGAUGGAUGUGGACACGUCAACAUGAUGGUGAAGUGCUUGACAUGCUUCAAACUGGUGAGGGGUCCCAGCCCGAGAGAUUGAGCGAGCGCUGGGGAGGGGGGGGCACGCAAUUUGCGAUCUGGCAGUUGCGCCAUUUGCGCCAGCUCAUUUGUGCUGUGCAUACACCGCGCGCAACGUACCGAGGGGCGGGCCCACACGCUCUUACGAUGAAUGCCGCGUCCUCCGUACCGUCUUCCAAAGAACCCCACUACGAAUUUGGUGGGCCGAUUGGGGCAGGCUUGAUCACCGUUUCUUUACCAAUCGUGGUCCUUGGUCUCUGCUUCAUUUGCGGCAAGGAAUACUGCUUGCAAGGAUUACGGUUCGACACACUCGGCGGAGCAUUGGAACAACUUCCAGACAGCUUGGGCGACCUCUUUUCUCCGGUUGCUUUCACGAUUGUCUCUCAGUGGCUUCUGUUCCAAAUUCUGCUGGACCGCGUUUUGCCAGGAAAGACUGUGGAAGGAGUGGUUUUACAAGAUGGCUCUCGUCUUCCGUACAAGAUGAGUGGGCACGCAGCUUUCUGGACAACGUUAGUGGUCACGGCACUUGGGCUCUCGGAGCUCGGUGGUGUGGGGUCUACUAAGCUGAACUUAUCUGCCCUGUAUGAUCUGUACGAGGAGCUUGCAGUUGCAACCGCCACGAUUUCGUUCGCGUUAAGCGUUGGGCUGUUCGUCGCCUCUCAUCGGAAAGGGGCUAAGCUUGCUGACGCUUCGGGAACAGUUGGACGGAGCGCCAUCUAUGACUUCUACAUUGGCCGUGAGCUCAACCCACGGAUUGGGCCUUUGGACCUGAAGUGCUUCUGCGAGCUGCGACCUGGUCUCCUGGGAUGGGUGGUCAUUAACUUGGGCAUGCUGCUCAAGCAAAGAGAGCUUCAAGGAUAUGUAUCAGCCUCCAUGAUCAUGGUCAACGUCUUUCAGGGUUUAUACGUGUGGGAUGGCCUCUUCUUUGAGAGGUCAAUCCUGACCACAAUGGAUAUCACCACCGAAGGCUUCGGUUUUAUGCUGGCUUUUGGGGACCUGUGCUGGUUGCCCUUUACCUACUCCCUUCAAGCUCACUACCUGGUGACCAACGAUCCCGGACUCCCCCUUUGGGCUGUUGCCGUCAUCAGCUGCUUGUGCCUGGUUGGGUACGCUAUAUUCCGGGGCGCCAAUGGCCAGAAAGAUGCCUUCCGAAGGGACCCCAACGCUAGUGCGGUGUCACACCUACAAUGGAUGCCAACUAAGCGAGGAACCAAGCUCCUCACAUCGGGAUGGUGGGGGGCCGCUCGCAAGAUUAACUACACGGGAGACUGGCUCAUGGGUCUUGCCUGGUGUAUGUUUGCAGGGUUUAGUUCUCCAGUGCCGUAUUUCUACUGCAUAUACUUUGGGGUGCUUUUGGUGCAUCGAGCCAUGAGGGACGAUCACGCCUGCGCAGCCAAAUACGGCCCUGACUGGAGCGUGUAUAAGCAGAAGGUUCCCAGCUUGUUCGUACCAGGUCUGUUUUAA